AUGUCAGGGUCAAGGUCCUCUGUGACCACACCUGACUCUUGCCCGUCUGACGACUAUUACGACUGGACUUGGGCUGCAGUGAAGGGGUCCCCUGGACCCACCCGAAAGGCCGCUGCUACCCAGACCCCGCAGCGCUCUCAGAUGGUACGUAAGCACAGUACGGACUCCCUGCUCGCAUACAGGACAUAUCAAAUGGAUGACCCACUUGCCGUUGCUGCCGCAGCGGCUGGACAGAAGGGCGGAAGCACACUGCCAUCGGUAGUCAAAAGUGGCAAGCCGGUCUGCACAGCUGGUGCCUCUUCGACACUGGGUAGCCCUGUUGACCGGGCUAAGCGGUUCGAUGCCAAUGGCAGAGCGGUGACUCGCCCAGCGUCACUUCUCUAUUGUAAUUCUCUUUUUUUCCUUAUUCUUUGUCUCCCAUUUUCCUUAUUUUCUCUCCGCUUUCCUUUUACCCUAUUCUUUCUCCUCUUUCCUUUUACCCUAUUCUUUCUCCUCUUUCCUUUUACCCUAUUCUUUCUCCUCUUUCCUUUUACCCUAUUCUUUCUCCUCUUUCCUUUUACCCUAUUCUUUCUCCUCUUUCUUUUUUCCUUAUUUUUAUCCUCUUUCUUUUUCCCUAUUCUUUCUGCUCUGUUUUUAUCCCCUAUUCUUUCUUCCCUAUUUUUUCUUUUUCAUUUCCUAUUCUUUCUCCAUUCUUUAUUUCUUAUUCUUUCUCCUCUUUCUUUAUUUCUCAUUCUUUCUUUUUCCUCAUUCAUAUUCUUCUUUCUUCUCUCUUUUUUCCUUAUUCUUUCUUCUCUUUUUCAUAUUUUUCUACUCUUUCUUUUAUCCCCUAUUCUUUAUUCUUUCAUUUUCCAUAUUUUUCCCCUUCUUUUUUUUCUUUUUUUUAUCCUUCUUUUCUUUAUUCUUUCAUUUUCCACUAUUCUUUUUCCCCCUUCUUUUUCCUUAUUCUUUUUCCCCCUUCUUUUUCCUUACUCUUUCUCCUCCUCCUUUUUCCUUACUCUUUCACCUCUUUCAUUUUUCCUAAUUUUUCCUUUCUUUUUUCUUUAUUUUUCCUCACUUUCUUUUUUAAUUUUUUCUUCUUUCUUUUGCCUGUUUUUUCUGCUCUUUCUUUUUCCCCUAUUUUUUCUCAGCUUUCUUUUUUCUUUGUUUUUUCCUAUUUCUUCCUAUUUCUUUUUUCCUAUUCUUUCUCCUUUUUCUUUUUCCUUAUUAUUUCUCCUCUUUCUUUACCCUGCUCUUAUUCUUCAUUCUUUCUUCCCCAUUUUUUGUCUCUUUCUUUUUUCCUCGUUCUUUCUCCCUUUUUUUAUUUUUUCCUCUCAAUCAGUUUUCCCUCCUUACUUUUCUUUUUCUUUUUUCCCUCCUUACUUUUCUUUUUCUUUUUUCCCUCAGACCUUUUAA